GCCUAAACCUACAGAAUCCGCCCCUAGCCCAAGCUCCCAAACGACGCCAUUCAACCAGCCGUCCCCCUCUAACUUCUUCUUCUCCAAACAGACAGAGCUUCACCAUCUCCUUCAAAAAAAAAACCGUAGAAGCCGUCACCCCUAUCCCCAACUCUGUCAAGCACGAACCCCUUCCUCUUUACAACCAAAGAAAACCCUAGCCGCCCUUAUUCCCCUUAUCCUAUCCGAAUCGAACCCCCUCCAGUAUACCCAAAAAUUAUUCGCCCCAAAAAUCCUCACUCAUUCACACACUCGCUGAUUUCUCUCUUCAUCCACGAUUUCUUCACAAAGCAGCCUCCGAAAAAAUAAUGAUUCAAAAAUAGCUUUCCAAAUUCAACUCUGAAAUUUUUAGAUCUGGUCCGAUUUCUGUUGCAUUACUUCUACAACUCCUGGGUGUUCGAGUUUGAUUUCGAUUUCAGAAAUUGAAGCUGCAUUUUGUUGAUUCGGUUUUCGCUUAGAACCAGCUUUCCCUUCGCCUUUAUUUAUUUAUUCAAGUUUGUCUCUACUGCUGUUUAGAGAAGUGUGUAAAGCUGCAGAGAUAUGGCGAUGUUAAUUGCGGCACGUCGAUUGUCAGCUGGAUCAGCUUUAUCAGAUUCACUGCGUUAUACCUCUUGCUGGCGGUUUUUCUCUACCUCUUUCAGGGAGGAAAAAGACACAUUUGGUCCCAUUCUCGUUCCAUCUGACAAGUUAUGGGGGGCACAAACUCAAAGAUCAUUGCAGAAUUUUGAUAUUGGGGGUGAGCGUGAAAGAAUGCCCGAGCCAAUCAUACGUGCAUUUGGUAUUCUCAAAAAGUGUGCUGCCAAGGUGAACAUGGAAUAUGGCCUUGACCGAUCUAUUGGAAAAGCAAUAAUGCAAGCUGCUGAAGAGGUUGCAGAAGGAAAGUUGAAUGACCACUUCCCUUUGGUGGUUUGGCAAACUGGUAGUGGCACUCAAAGUAACAUGAACGCUAACGAGGUUAUUGCAAACCGAGCAGCUGAAAUACUUGGCCAUAAGCGCGGUGACAAGCAUGUGCAUCCAAAUGACCAUGUAAAUAGAUCGCAAUCUUCAAAUGAUACCUUUCCUACGGUGAUGCAUAUUGCUGCGGCAAUGGAGCUAAAUAAAAGAUUAGUACCAAACCUGAAACAGUUGCAUACUUCACUACAUUCAAAGUCAGUCGAAUUCAAGGACAUUAUUAAGAUCGGGCGAACCCACACACAAGAUGCAACCCCUUUGACUCUUGGACAAGAGUUUAGUGGGUAUGCUACUCAAGUGAAAUAUGGAAUUGACCGUGUCUUGUGCACCCUUCCAAACAUGUAUCAGCUCGCACAAGGAGGCACAGCAGUGGGGACAGGACUCAAUACAAAGAAAGGGUUUGACAUUAAAAUUGCUGCAGCAGUGGCAGAGGAAACUAACUUGCCAUUUGUAACAGCUGAAAACAAGUUUGAAGCACUGGCUGCUCAUGAUGCAUUUGUUGAAACCAGUGGAGCUAUAAAUACGGUAGCUGCUUCCCUCAUGAAGGUUGGGAAUGAUAUACGCUUUUUGGGAAGUGGUCCCCGCUGUGGUCUUGGGGAGCUCAUUCUUCCCGAAAAUGAACCUGGAAGCAGUAUAAUGCCGGGCAAGGUGAAUCCUACUCAGUGUGAGGCUCUCACGAUGGUCUGUGCUCAGGUUAUGGGUAAUCAUGUGGCUGUCACAAUUGGUGGAUCAAAUGGCCAUUUUGAGCUGAAUGUUUUCAAGCCUAUUAUUGCUAAUGCCCUUCUACAUUCAGUAAGAUUGAUAGGGGAUGCAUCCGCUUCUUUUGAAAAGAAUUGUGUGAGGGGUAUUCAAGCUAACAGAGAGAGGAUUGCUAAAUUGUUGCACGAGUCGCUCAUGCUUGUCACAUGUUUGAACCCAAAAAUUGGUUAUGAUAAUGCUGCUGCAGUUGCCAAGAAAGCCCAUAAGGAGGGAACCAGUUUGAAGGAUGCUGCUCUCAAUCUAGGAGUCCUCAAAUCUGAAGAGUUUGAUGAACUUGUAGUUCCCGAGAAAAUGAUUGGUCCAACUGACUGAUCAGCUCCAUUAGUUCUAUCAAAUGAGAGAGAGGACCAUGGCUGUAGGUGCACCAUAUUAGCUGCUUUCGUCCAUCAAAUGCAACUAGGAAAUAAAAUAUUUAACGCAAUUCUUGAGGUUUUGCUCAUUCCUUGCAAUUUAUCAGGGGGAAAUGCCUCCAUUUUUUGUAAUAAGAUCCCGAGCUACAGCGAAGUAAAUAAUGGACUGAAUCAUUCAUCUUACCAUUUGCUGUCGUGAUUGACGGGGUACUCUUUUCAUGUUCUAUCUAUGUGUCUUUUGAGGGCAUUUCAUUCCAAGAAAUACCUUUUUCAUUUGACACUAUAUCCUGGUAAGAAAUAAAUAAAGGUGUUGAUUUGAAAAACAUUA